AUGCACAUUCCAUUUCCACCCACUCCCCUACUACUCACCACCCUCCUCUUCGCCGCCGCCUCAUGCAACGCCGCCGACGGCACCUCACACCUAGUACCCAUUCUAGUGGUGGGCAACGUCGUCGUCCUAGUCGUCAUCCUCUUCCUCCUCAUCAUAUACUACAAGAAAUACGCCCAGCUCAAGAGAGCCGCCGCGGCUGCAAAGGCGCAGGGCGUGGUGGUCCCGCCUCGUCGAGACAGGGAGCAGCACGACAGCACGAUCAUGGAGAGGAGGAGCCCCGGAGGAGGGGACGGGAAGCUGGUGUUCGUGGACGACGGAGGCAGCAGGCCGGAGCUGGAGCUGGAUGAUCUGCUGAGAGCUUCGGCGGAAGGAUUGGGGAAGGGGAGCUAUAAGGCGUUGACGGAGAGCGGAGAGGCGGUGGUGGUGAAGCGGCUUGUUGAUUUGAAGCCUUUGAGCAGUGAGGAGUUUGUGAGAGAAGUGAGAGGGAUUGCUGCGAUCAGACACCCCAAUUUGUUGCCGCUUCUUGCUUAUUAUCACUCCAAGGGUGAACAUAGGCUUUUUCUCUACCGUUUUCUACCGCAUGGGAAUCUCUUCAAUCGACUUCAUGGAGGGCGGGGCACGAGGGAGCGGGUCCCGUUCCGGUGGAGCUCCCGGCUCGUCGCCGCGUGUGGCGUCGCGAGGGCGCUGGAGCACCUCCACCGCCACAGCGGCCCCAGCGACACCACAGCGCCGCACGGCAACCUGAAAUCGUCGAACGUGCUUCUGGACGAGAAGGAGGAGCCGCUGGUGUGCGACUACGGGCUGACGUCCCUAGUCGCGGCCCCGAUCGCGGCGCAGCGCAUGGUCUGCUUCAAGACCCCCGAGUACCAGCUCCACAAGCGCAUCUCUAAGAAAUCCGACGUGUGGAGCUACGGCUGUCUCGUGUUCGAGCUCCUGACGGGGCGGAUACCGGAGCACUCGGCGCCGCCGGGGACGAACGGCGUGGAGCUGUGCGCGUGGGUGAAUAGGGCGGUGAGGGAGGAGUGGACGGCGGAGAUAUUCGACCCGGAGAUAGUGGUGAAUAGGGGCGCCAACCAGUUGAUGCUGAGGCUGCUGCAGCUCGGCAUGAAGUGUUGUGAGAAGCUGCCGGAGAAGAGGCCGGAGAUUGAGCAGGUGGUGGAAGAGGUGGAGAAGGUGAGUGCCGCCGUGGAUACGGAAGAUGAGGAGCUCGCUUAUUCUUCCUCUCUCACCGAUGAUUCUUCCUACUCGGUUAAGACAUUUUAG